CAAGUCUAAAGAACUAAAGAUGUCGCCUAAGUUUGCACUUGCAAUUCUGCUCUUCAGCUGCGUUCUCCUGGGAAUCGCCAGUGCCCAGCAAUAUAGGUAUCCCCAGACAUAUAAUCGGCCAAAGGUGGCCGCUCGUAAUCUGGAUGGCGGUGGCCCCUUACCUCCCAACUUCCCCCCACCAGCCGGCGGUCCUCUAGAUGGCGGUGCUGUUAACCCGGACUGCAUGCCCAAUCAAUUGGCCAGCAACACUGUCGACAACAAGAAGCCGAGGUCGAGGCACUAG